GAAAGAAAGAAAAUGGGCUCGGAAGAGUGAAAUUACAGACCACAGGUCAAAAAGGCCUAAUCUCAAUGUCUCUGGAACAAAACAGCUCUUGUGUGUCAGGCAGGAGAGGAGCCUUGGGGACAGGGGUCGCACCUGGAAGAAGAGUUUAUCUGACAGGGACCAUCCUCACAGAAGCUUCAGAACAGAUGCAGAAGAGCCCAGAAAGGAGUGGGUCCUAAUUUGUUACACCAGAAGCAUUUUGUAAUUACCUUGUCCAGAAAGAGCCAGACUUGGUGGUAUCACCACACCCAGAAGCCAUCACAGAGUGCAUGACAGUGGAAACUGGACCAGCUUGCAGAAGCUUAUCCUUCACAGUUCUCUGUACUCUCCCAACAACUGCAGAAAAUGAACACAGCUCAGGCAUCAGUGUCAUUCAAGGAUGUGACUGUGGAAUUCACCCAGGAGGAGUGGCAGCAAAUGGGUCCUAUUCAGAGGACCCUGUAUAGAGAUGUGAUGCUGGAGAACUACAACAACCUGGUUUCAGUGGGCAACUGCAUUUCCAAACCAGCAGUAAUCUUCAAAUUGGAGCAAGGAGAGGAGCCUUGGUUCUUAGAGGAAGAAUUCUCAAACCAGAGCCACCGAGAAGACUACAGAGAUGAUGACCUGAUCAAGAGGAACAAGAAAAUCAAAGACAACCACUUUCAGAAAGUAAUAUCCAUCGAUAAUAAACCAUUGACUGGGAAGGAAGAGGAAAUUUUGGGAAAACAGUUUAAUCUGCACGUAGCUCCUAUUUCAACAAAAAUGUCCUGUAAAUAUGACUCAUGGGGAGUAAACUUGCAAAAUAUUCCCCAAUUUAUCAUUAAUAAUAGAAGCCAUUCAACAAAAAAAUCAGAUUGCUGUAGUGUAUGUGAAAAUUUUUCUUUCAAAAUUAAGUUUGAGAGAACUCAUACUGGAGAGAAGUUAUAUGAAUAUAAUAGAAGUGGGGAAGCUGUCAGUUGUAAGGAAAAUUUUCCUGAGAGUCAAAAGUGUCAAACAUUGGAGCAAGCUUUUAAAUAUAAUGAAGUUGGAAAAACCAUCUAUGAUGAGGCUGCCUGUGUUACUCAUAAGAAUAUUCACACAAGAGAAGAAUCCUAUCAAAAUGAAUUUAGGAGAAAAAAUGAAAAACCAACAGUCUUUAACUAUAAAAGAACUGAGACAGGAGUGAAACACCCUCAUCUUAACCACAGGGGGAAAUCUUUCUGUGAGAAGCCAGCUAUUAAGGAAUACAAUAAAUUCAACAUGUCUCUGAAACAUGAUGAAUGUAAUGCAGAUGGGAAUAAUUUCAACAGGAAGUCAUACUUUACUCAACCUUGGAGAACUGUCACAGAAGAGAACCCAUUAGUAUGUAAUAACAGAACACAAACUGGGGGUAAAUCCUUUGACUCUCUUGAAGAUAAGAAAUCCUACCAGAUAUCAGUCCACAAAGUAUGCCAGCGAAGUCACUCUGAGGUUAAACCCUAUAAAUGUAAUGAAUGUGGUAAAUCUUUCCUUCAAAAAGGACACCUCAUUCAGCAUCAGAGAACUCACACAGGAGAGAAACCAUUUGAAUGUAAUGAAUGUGGGAAAACCUUCUCCCAGAAGUCACACCUCAGUACACAUCAGAGAAUUCACACAGCAGAGAAACCCUAUAAGUGUAAUGAAUGUGGGAAAACAUUUGUCCAGAAGUCAACCCUCAGGGGACAUCAGAGAAUUCAUACAGGAGAGAAACCUUAUAAAUGUAGUGAAUGUGGGAAAACUUUUGUUCAAAAGUCAACCCUCAGAGAUCAUCACAGAAUUCACACAGGAGAGAAAUCCUUUCAGUGUAAUGAAUGUGGGAAAACUUUUGGUCAGAAAUCAAACCUCAGAAUACAUCAGAGAACGCAUAGUGGUGAGAAAACAUAUCAGUGUAACGAAUGUGAAAAAUCAUUCUGGCGAAAAGACCAUCUCAUUCAACAUCAGAAAACACACACAGGAGAGAAACCUUUUAAAUGUAAUGUAUGUGGGAAAACUUUUGCUCGUACAUCGACCCUUAGAGUGCAUCAGAGAAUUCAUACUGGGGAGAAACCAUUUAGAUGUAAUGAAUGUGGGAAAAAAUUUGUCCGGAAGGCAAUUCUUAGUGAUCAUCAGAGAAUUCAUACAGGGGAGAAACCUUUUCAGUGUAAUAAGUGUGGGAAACCUUUUGGCCAGAAAUCAAACCUCAGAAUACAUCAGAGAAUUCACAGUGGUGAGAAAUCUUAUGAAUGUAAUGAAUUUGGAAAAUUGUGUAAGAAGUCAACACUGAAUAUUUGCCAGAGAAUUCCGGGAGGGGAGAAAUCCUGCUGAUAAAAUAACUGUGGAAAAUCGUUGUGGCUGAAAGACCAAGCCAUUUGACUCCAGAAAAUCCACACAGGAGAGGAACCACAUACAUCUGAAUGUAGGAAGACUUUUAUCCAAAACGCAACCUUGAAUGUUUAUCAGAGAAUGCACACAGGCUGAUACUUCUUUCAAAGGACUAUGGAAAGCUCUCUUGAAAGAAGCCAUGCCUUGUAGAUAACUCACACAGAAUUGUCUGGUCUCCCUUUCUUCCAAGUAGGGCUUUGGGACUGGCUGGUGGACCAUGGAUGUUCAUGUUGUAUGCCACAUCCAGUUCUGACAAACUACUGGGAUGCUGUCAGAAUAAAACAGAGAUGACCCAGGACAACCUUGGGUAUCACGCUUCAACAUGGCACAGCUUUUUAUAAGA